GCACAACUGCUGCCUCCGCCUGCCCACCCCGGCUGCUUCCUCCCCUCGUCUCCGCGUUUUCAAAAAUCAAACCCCGGCCGUAACGGCGAAAACCCCAUCCUCCAUCGGAGAGGGAGAGCCGGAGCAGUGGUUGCGGUUCCCCUCCCCGUCGCUCUCGCCACCCGCCGCCCGCGGCCGGCUCUGUGUCCGGGGCGGAAGGCGGUAGGCACCUCUGCUCCGCGCCCCUUCAUCCCCCACCGGCGGCCCCCCUUCCUUCGUCAGGUCACCAAUCCACUUCGUUCGCCCACCCUUUUCAGUUUGCCCCCCGGUCGAUCUCCUUCUCGCUAAGCAAACCCUCUUCUUAACCCCCCCGCGGCCGUCGCCGGGAGAAAGCUCCCCGCUUUUCGUCCAGGCAUCCUUCCACCACUUCGCUUUGCUAGUCCUGUGCUGCGCUACCUGUACAGUCCUGUGUUAGAGGACGGCGCGGGGGUCAAGAUUCCUUCUUGCCGUGCCCUUGUUGGUGGUUGGUAAUUGCGGCGGCCGUGGAGUCUCGGUGUGUGGGAAGUGAGGGAUCCGUUGUUCUUUUCCGUUCUUGGCGAUUCUCUUUCCCGUGCGACGGCUGAAGUGGCAGCGGCGGCGGGGGGAGAGCAGCCGCCGGUGCCCGGCCUUGGAGCGGCCCCAGUCCGUCUAUGGAAGUUGCGGCCCCGGCGCCACGCUUCGGCUCGGAAUUGAAGUGCGCAGCAAGGCGCUGCUUGCCUGCCCCUCUGACGCUGCUGGUGCCUGCCCCUCUGACGCUGCUGGUGCCUGCUGUGGCAGUCUCCUGCUUGGUUCUUGCUCCUCGCUGAGGGAUUGCGGCACUGAGAGGAUGGCGCCUACGACGUUGCUGCUCCUCUGCUGCUGCCUCCUGGCGUUCCCGCUACCAGGUUCGCUAGCGGUUGAAGAUUUUGUCGGGGGUUAUGGGAUAAACUAUGGGAGAAUAGCGAACAACCUCCCUUCCCCGGAUAAAGUGGUGGAGCUCCUGAGGAAGUCAAAGAUAAGAAAUGUCAAGAUAUAUGACUCUGAUCACAGCGUUCUCGAUGCAUUCAAAGGGUCCGGGCUCAACCUGGUCAUUGCAAUCCCCAACGGGCUUGUCAAGGAUAUGGCUGCAAACGAGAGCAAGUCGAUGGACUGGCUAAAUCAGAAUGUGAAGCCUUAUCUCCCUGAGACGCGCAUUAUUGGGAUCACUGUGGGAAACGAGGUUCUGGGAGGCCAAGAUCAGAGCUUGUACCAGCCACUUGUUGAUGCUGUGAAGAAUGUUUAUAAUGGACUUAAGAGGCUCCACUUGGAGAAACAGAUUGAGAUUUUCACACCUCAUUCUGAAGCUGUUUUUGCUACUUCUUAUCCGCCCUCUGCAUGUGUCUUCAAGGAAGAACUCAUGCCAUACAUGAAACCUCUCCUGGACUUAUUUGCAACGACUCACUCAUCUUUCUAUGUCAACGCGUACCCCUUUUUGGCUUACACUUAUGAUCCAGAACAUAUUGAUAUCAAUUAUGCUCUCUUUAAACCCAACAAUGGAAUUGUUGAUCCGAAUAACAGCCUGCACUAUGACAACAUGUUUGAUGCUCAGAUAGAUGCAGCUUAUGCUGCUCUACAUGCCGCAGGGUAUGAUGACAUGGAGGUUCGGGUGGCAGAGACAGGCUGGGCUUCUAGUGGAGAUCAAAGUGAAGCAGGAGCUUCAUCUGAGAAUGCAAGGACAUAUAAUUUCAAUCUCCGUAAGCGGCUCUUCCUGAGGAAGGGAACUCCUCUGAAGCCAAAUAGACCAGUGAAAGCUUAUAUAUUUGCCUUGUUUAAUGAGAAUGGGAAACCUGGAGCUGGCUCCGAGAAGCACUAUGGGCUGUUCCUUCCUGAUGGAAGGAUUUCAUAUGACAUCGGUGUCUCAGGUCUACUACCUUCAUCUGCAUCCUCAUCCAUGCUGUCCAAGAAGAAAAUUCGAGCUGGGGGUUGGAUUUUACACUAUUUGGCUACAGUUCUUCUAUCUAUUUUCAUUUUUUGGCCAUAGUGGAAUUGAGGACGGCAUAGGCGCAUAGCACAUCUGUAGUACAUGUACAAUUGAGCAAGUUAGAAUGUUGGGAAUGGGAAGUUCACAAUGAAAAUUCAAAUAAUAGUACCAUGCACAUGAGUUCUGCUUCUUGCAAUAACUAUUAUCCUCAUGCUGAUAUGCUUUUUGAUGAAAACCGUACUCAGUUUAUUUAAAAAAGGAUUCCUACUCUAAAA